GCUGUGCUGCCUGCAUCUGCUGCUGGCCUUGCAUUUGCUGUGUGUUUGCCCCAGGCUGUGCUGCCUGCAUCUGCAGGCCUUGGAUUUGCUGUGUGUUUGCACCCAUUUGUGGUGCUUGCAUCUGCUGGCCUUGCACUUGUGUGCUUGCCCCUGGCUGUACCUGUUGUGGCAGGUGUGGUGCUUGUUGGUGCCCUUGCUGCUGCCCCAGGCUUUGUGGAAGCUGCUGUGUAUGACCUGGCAGUUGCUGGUGCUGCUGCUGCCCAUGUUGUGCCUGGCUGGUGUUUGCCAUCUGUUGCUGGUGUGCCAUCAUUGCUGGUGCUUGCUGGUGCUGCAACCCUUGCUGCCCCAUACCUGUGCCCUCUGGUGUUUGACAUGGCAGUUGCUGGUGCAUUGCUGGUGUUGGCUGGCUCUGCUGUGGUGUGCCACACUGCUGUGGCUGCUGGCCUUGCUGGUGCAUGUUUGCCAUGCCUGCUGGCUGGUGCAGCACCAUGCCUUGUGCAUGCUGUGGUGUUUGGCAUGGUUGUGGCUGACCUGGUACUGGGCACUGUUGGGGUGGGCAAGUUGGUUGGUGCUGCCAUGCUUGCUCUGCCACCAUACUUUGCUGCUGUUGCUGCAUGCCUUUGCAUUGCUGUUGCCCAAGCUGCUGUGGCUGCUGGCUUGUGGCUGCAAAGUUGUACCCCCUUGCUGCUCCCCAUGCCAACUCUGCCUGGCUCAGUUCUCUUGCUGGUGGCUGCUGUGCUUGCAACUCCUUGUGCCCAAGGAAACCUGGCUGCCUUGGGUUGA